GUUCUCCUCUAAGAACAUACUCCAAUAAGAUCAGAACCCAUAUAUGUCCCAAGGUCCCUCCUUUGCAUUCAAGAUUCCAAAUGUCUUCAAAUGCACCCACAGAAACCAGUUCCCAAAUGCCUCAAGAGCCUGCAGGGAAUUUGCCUUUCCAAGUGAGUCCCCUAGUGACUCCAACAAGUCCAAUGCAAUCAAGUCUUUCAGCCCCUGAAAGAGACCUCCAUCAGCAGGAGUCCCAAGGUCCAUCAAGAAGAUCAAGACCUAUGGUACUGUCACCUAAUUAUGGUUACCGACAAAAGAGACUCGGGGCUCCAAGGAAAAUGCGCACUGUAUACACCAGGGAACAAAAGGACCUGCUGCAAACAUAUUUUGCUGAGUGCACAUACCCAAAACGGGAGGAGCGAAGAAAACUGGCAUUGUUGAUUGGUGUGACAGCACAUGAGAUCCAGAUCUGGUUCAAGAACAGCCGGGCUAAGUCCAAGCGGAAGAAUCUCAAGAAUAUCCCAGCAGCACCUCCAGAAACAAAUGGAAACUCUGAAGCUGUUUCUGAGCCAACCCAUCUUCCUGGUUCCUUACCUGUAAUUGCUUCUGCCAAUGGAGAGUCCAUGGGUUCAGGCACAUUUGGUGAGGAUUCCAUUUCCAACCUCAACUGCAGCCAGGGAUGGUCUCUGCAUCGUGACCAGGCCUGUGAUGGUGCCAGGUGUAGUCAGCAAGAAUACCUGCUUGAUGACCAUGCCCCUGUUAGAGCUGGUGACUCUAGUCAGUCAGUAGCAGUUGAAGUCCAGACUGGCGUAGCAGGAUCUGGAGCUUCAGUAGCCAUGGUAGCAUCCACUCAAGGUACAGAGGAUGCUCAAGAUUCAGGUCCAUCUGCUGAGGAGCUCUGGCAGAGGAUUCUUGAAGACUUUGAGGAGUUGGAGGAUUGGUACAAUUGUAGAUACUCCCACCCCGUUCCAUAA